AUGGCGAGGCUCUCCAAUCCUUUCGCCUUCACUCGCUGGCCCGUCACCGUCAUCACGUCCGCUGUUUACCUCGUUAUUAUUGUUGCUCUCCUCAUCGUCCAUACGACUGUCCCUUCUCCUCCAGCUUCGCCAACUCCUAUUCGCGGCCUUAAUCUCACGGAAGCCUGGCUGGACCUACAGCUUCUGACUGCGUCCUACCGUCCUUACAACAGCCGUCGCAACGACCAAGUCCACGAGUGGCUCCUCGAACGGAUCAAUUCCAUAGCAAAAGAGAACGACGCUUCCCCCUAUAUUUUCGAAGACAAUACCUCCAAUCUUACCUUUUCUUCGGGCGGAGUAGUCUCUGGACCCGGCGUGUCUGUCUACUUCGAAGGGACCAACCUUAUCGUGUACAUCCCGGGAAAAGAGGAUGAUGAAACAAAAUGGUGGCUUGACUCGGACGGAAAACCAUCAAGUCGGAACGCAGUCCUCGUGAAUGCACACUAUGAUAGUGUAUCAACUGGUUUCGGCUCUACAGAUGACGGCGUCGGAGUUGUCUGUGUUUUGCAGCUCCUCAGAUACUUUACGACACCUAAGAGCAAGCCAAAAAACGGAGUGGUCCUCCUCUUGAACAAUGGCGAAGAAGACUUUUUGAAUGGAGCGAAUGUUUUCAGCCAACAUCCCAUGUCCAUGAUUGUGAGCUCAUUCCUAAAUCUAGAGGGAGCUGGUGCCGGGGGCAGAGCUGCUCUGUUUCGAAGCACCGACGAUGCAGUCACAAAAGCCUACGCUCACUCCAAGUACCCCUUUGGCUCGUCCACCUCAGCGGAUGGCUUCAAUCGAGGACUGGUCAGGAGUCAGACGGAUUAUGUCGUAUUCAAUGGCAAGCUGGGUUAUCGUGGGUUGGAUGUUGCUUUCAUUGGACCGCGAGCGAGAUACCAUACUGAUCAAGACGAUUCACGGCACACAGGAAAAGGUUCUCUUUGGCACAUGCUCUCCGCAGCAGUGGCUACAACGGAAGCUUUGACAUCGGCCUCGCUGACGACAAAUUUGGACCCGCUGAACAAUCCAGGGAGUCCGUCACUCUGGUUCGAUGUCUUCGGCCGCACAUUUGCCGUCUUGAAAGCGCACACUUUUUUCGCUCUAUCUGUCACACUGCUUGUUGUUGGACCUGUGAUACUUCUCCUCACUGUUGCCCUGCUAUACCGAGUCGACAAGUUUUAUCUUUUCUCGGGGUCACGACCCCUUCACCACGCGAAUGGAGACGAGAAGAUCAAGCUCUAUGGAUGGCGUGGCUUUUUCCGUUUCCCACUCAUCUUGCUUGUAGCGUGUGCGGUCCCAAUUGCUCUGGCAUACCUGAUUUUCAAAGAAAAUCAGUAUAUUGCCCACAGCAGUGAAUGGGCCGUGUGGGCCAUGAUGAUUAGCUCCUUCGUCUUUGUUGCGUGGUUCUUCUGUCGAGCGGCGGACUAUACACGGCCCUCUUCACUUACCCGUGUCUACGGGUUCUCAUGGAUGUGGGGAGCAUGGUGGGUGCUCCUUGUCGUUGCAACGGUGUCUGAAGAACAUCUACACCUUGUCGGUUUAUACUUUGUUCUUGUUUACGCCGCUCUCGUGUGGCUGGCCACGUGGUUGGCCUACCUAGAGUUGUUUUCCCUGCCCAGGAAGUCGGUGUAUUGCCAGGGUUUCAUUGGUGAAGACGACCCAUCUCACCAGAAUGCCGCUUUGGGAGCUCAACACGAAGAAGUUGAGGACCAUGCCGAUUCCAAUGAUGAUGAGCCUACGGAGAGGUCAAGUCUCCUAAGGAGGGGAUACCGUCAAGAGAGAGAAGAACCGGACCCUGACAGAAAAGGCAGCGAGGAUAAAGCUGACGCCGUCGAAGAACCAAAUUGGAGCAAAUCCCAAUGGUCGUGGUUGUGGCUGUUGCAGAUGCUCGUCCUUAUCCCCAUUAAUGUCGUCGUCGUCGGUCAGAUUGGCCUAUUACUGACUGAAGGUCUGCACCAGACAGGACAGGACGGAAGUUCUAUGUUUCUGUUGUACAUCAUGGUGGCUGCCUGCACAAUACUUCUCUUCUCCCCACUUGUGCCCAUCCUGCACCGGUUCACUUGGCAGAUACCUGUCUUCCUUCUGCUCGUCUGUAUCGGCACCAUGGUUUACAACCUUACUGCAUUCCCUUUCUCCAUGGACAACAGGUUGAAGCUUUUUUUCCAGCAGCAAGUGGACCUUGAGGGAGGGAACAACACCGUCUUUUUGACCGGCGCAUCACCGUACACCCGCCAUGCAGUCGACUUUAUACCCAGUUCCGCCGGGCAGGACAUCAUCUGCACACCUGCAAGCCCUUCAGUUUCCGGCAACAUGCAAACCUGUUCGUGGGCCGGUAUCCCGCCGACCGUUGCCCACUCUUCCUCUAUCUCUGUCCCUCCUAGAAAACAGUACGACAGCUGGCUCACUUUCAACCUCACUCGCUUGAAUUAUAGUGAUAGCGAAUACAAAGCCCGCUUCGUGCUCUUCGGGAAGAACACCCGUGCCUGCAAACUUGUCUUUGAGACAGCCAAUAUUACGAGCUUCCAUGUCGCCGGGCAGGCGCCGAGGGACACGCGAUUUCCCCCGGUGCCCGAUGGUGGCAGUCAGGAGAUCAGACUAUGGAGCCGCACGUGGGCAAGAGCUUGGACCGUGGACGUCAAUUGGGAUAUUCCGGCUGCCAGUUCUAAGAGAUCAAGCGACCCCGAGGAUCCUAAUGCUCAUACGAUUUCAAUCGCUAACAGCACGUUGUCUGGCCGAGUGGUAUGUCUAUGGAGCGACGUGAACAUGAAUGGUGUAAUACCUGCAUUUGAUGAGGUGAUGCAUUAUGUCCCAGCGUGGGCAGCAAUUAGCAAGAGAGCGGACGGACUGGUGGAAGGGUACAAACGAUUCCAGAUCUGA